AUGCCUCCACGCAUGCCACGGAAACGACUGCGUGACGCCUCUCCCUCGGCAAGCAAGGAUAGCUCUUCGAUGGGAACCAAGAGACAAAAAACCAAGAAUAAUUUACCAGUUCCUCCUCGCAAGGAAACCCUCUUCGACUCUAUCGACACCGUCUCUACGCCAGGAGCAUCUGCCAAGACUCGGUCUCCGGCUGAUAUUCUGGGAGUCAGCGACGGGGACGACAGCUCCCUGACUUCACUGUCAGAUGGAGAAUUCAAGGAUGUAGUCGCAGCAGCGGAUCGCAGCCUCGAUGUGGCCGACGAAGAUGAUGGCAGUGAUGACGACGAUGACAUCGAGUUCGAAGACGUCCAGGCUUCCCUUGCCCCCUUUGCCGAGGAGGCCCCGCCGUCUGGGGACCUUGAGCUGACAUUGGAUCUGGACGGAAGGAUUUCGCUCACCAACGAGUACGGUAACAAAAAAGGGCCGUCCAAAAGGGAGCGGAUCACGCGCAAUGCGGUCCACCGAGUGCAUGUCAUGUUUCUCAUGUGGCACAACGCCGUCAGGAAUUCGUGGCUGUGUGAUCCCGAGGUCCAGGGACUUCUGCUCUCUCAUAUCCCGCCCCGGGUCUGGGAAGAAUACGAACGGUGGCGAAGGGCCUCGGCACUGGACACUGCCGGAGAGAAAUCCGCAUCCAGGUCAAAUGCCACCAAAGUCAAGGGCAAAGGCAAGGUAGCCGCCAAGGAGACGGCGAGACCUUCAAGACGGGACUGGGGCGAUGCGGCCCAACGGCUGGAGAGUGGGAAUGUCGACAUGAGCCACGGAGACCCGCUCUUCAGACUCAUGAAGGCAUUGUCUGCCUGGUGGAAGCAAAGAUUCCGUAUCACAGCACCAGGCCUUCGAAAGGUUGGUUACAUGUCACUUGAGCGUCUUGAUCGUCUGACCAAAGGCUUCAAGAAUGGAGAGAAAAACAUGGCAUUGUUCGGAGAGCGUAUUGUGAGCUUGGAUGAGUUUAGACUCUGUGCUCAAAGCUGCACCGGUUCCCGAGAUGUCGGUGCCCAACUUUUCACUGCCUUGUUGCGAGGGCUGGGACUGGAGGCACGGAUGAUUGCUAGCCUUCAACCCUUAGGAUAUGGUUGGUCGAAAUACGAAGAUGCGGAUCCCGAAGAACAAGUCAGUACGCAGCCGCCUCCUGAAAAGCAAGCUCAGACCAAGCAACCUCCUCAAAGGAAGACGAACAACGAAACUCGACAGCAGCAUGGAUCAAAUCGAUCUCGAGGAAAACAAAAUAAGGCCAUUGACGAGGAAUCGAAUGAUGCCGAUGAGUUUGAACCUCAAGAAGUGAAUAGCGAUGACGAAAUGGUUGUCGAGGUACCAAAGAAGAUGGCUUCACAAGGCAAAAAGUUCGACAAGGACCUCGAAUUUCCUCACUACUGGACCGAAGUGUUAUCUCCAGUGACACGCAAGUACCUUGCCGUCGAUCCGGUGGUCAGGUUUGUUAUUGCCACCAACAGAGAGCUUGUCGAGAGUCUGGAACCCAGAGGCGGCAAGACAGAGAAAGCCAGGCAGGUUAUGGCCUAUAUUAUGGGCUUCUCGUCUGAUGGAACCGCCAAGGACGUCACGGUUCGGUACCUCAAGCGUCAAAUGCUGCCAGGUCGGACCAAGGGCGUUCGGUAUCCCAUUGAAAAGGUGCCUGUGUACAAUCACAAAGGCAAGGUGAAGCACUAUGAACAAAUUGAUUGGAUAAAAUCCGUGCUUCGUGGCUACGCCAGAGGAGACAAGCGGCAUCCCAUCACCGAGGUAGAUGAGGAAGAAGACUCAACCGACCUGCGACCGGCCAAGCACGAGAAGAAGGAAGUGAAGGAAGGCGACGAGACCCUGCAGUAUUACAAGCAAUCCAAAGAGUACGUGCUCGAAAGGCACUUGAAACGUGAAGAGGCGCUUUUGGAAGACGCCACGCCUGUGAAGCUUUUCAAAGUAAAGGGGAAAGGUGGCGAGUUCACGGAAGAGAAUGUCUACCUGAGAAAAGACGUGGUUCAGGUGAAGAGUGCCGAGACGUGGCACAAGCAAGGAAGGGCACCCAAAGAGGGAGAAAAGCCGUUGAAGAUGGUUCCAUACCGUGCGGCCACGAUGAACAGGAAGAGAGACAUUGCGGCGGCCGAGGCAGCCACUGGACAGAAGGUGCUCCAAGGUCUCUACAGCAUGGACCAGACGGACUGGAUCAUUCCGCCCCCGAUCAAGGACGGGAUCAUACCAAAGAACGCAUAUGGGAACAUCGACCUCUUUGCCGAGCACAUGUGCCCCCAGGGUGCGGUGCACGUCCCAUUCCGAGGUGCGGUCAAGGUGUGUCGGAGACUUGAGGUGGAUUACGCAGAAGCAGUGAUCGACUUUGAGUUUGGACACCGGAUGGCGGUUCCGGUCAUCCAAGGGGUCGUGAUUGCAGAGGAGCAUCACGAUCGUGUCAUGGAAGAGUUGGCCAAGGACGAGGCUGAGAGGGCGCGCAAAGAGGAUGCGAAGCGGACGGCGGCAGCCCUGGCCAUGUGGCGCAAAAUGCUCAUGGCGAUGCGCAUCACAAACAGGCUCCGGGAGGAAUAUGGCAAUGUUGGUGAUGGAAACCUGCACAUCAUCCAAGCCAGCCGGAGCCGCGCCGAAGAAACCAUCCGCAAGCCCACAUAUGCUACUUCUGGUUUUGACGAGGACACAGCCGGCGGGUUCCUGCCAGACGGGUACGAAGAAGAAGGUCGGGAGACGACAUGGGCCGCGACUGCUGAAGAUAAUGUGGCCGAGGACGAGGAAGCACCUCGUGUCUCGAGCUAUUUCCCUGUUGCUGGGGAGGACGAUGAAGAAGAUGAUGACGACCUCGUCGUCGAGGACGCCCAGAUGGAGGAUGCGGUUCCUUCCAAUGGGUCACCGAGGGCUGCCGCGUCGAAACGCCGAUCAGCCAAAGUCGAGGCUUCGCCCAUUACUAGGGCGAGGCCAUCACGCCAGGCCGCCAAAAAGGCCAACUCAAAACUGAAGCAGCUCGAGUCCGAUACCGAUACUCAAUAA